CCAAACCAAAACGCGCGGAGAGAGAGAGCGAGAGAGAGAGAGGGGGAGAGACGUUGAAAGGAGGAUGUUGAACUGUAGUGUGACUGUACAUUUAUAGAGCCUUUAUUCCUGGCUAUGCAAAUGGGGCUUUUGAAAGCCGGAUCUCUUGAGAAUGCAACAACUUUUUUUGGGGGAAACGCGUGAAAGUUGAAGGCGGGUUUCCUGGUUGUUCAUGAGCGGAGACACCAUCGCUGAAGACUUGAAAUGUGCCUGAGACGCUUCUGAAGGAAAGCAAAGACCUGCAUAGAAGUGCAGAGCCCGCGCGUACAGUUUUUUUUUUUUUUUUCAGUCUAGACUUUAAUUCCUGUCUUGGAAGAUUUGGAAAAGCUCCGGCUUGUUACAGCAGAUCUUGCGGAUGAACUCACCGGGCAAACUGGGAUAAUAUUUCUCAAAGAGCCGAGAGUUUGGAUUCUAGGUUUGGCUGGAUGAGCAGCUCCGGGUGAACUACUGUUAAAUGGAUCUUCUGUGUUUGGACACUUAAACUGGCUUUUGUCAGUGAGUAGGGCAGUAUUAGGAGCUGUCCAUCACUCCCAGCACCGCGAAGCGGACUUGUGCGCAAUCUUCCCGUAUAUUUCCCCGCAGUGAAUUAGAGGAUUUGCGCGUCCGCUGUGGAUGUUUUAAUAUGCAAGGAUGGGUCCGCUAGCGUUCAUCCUCGUUAGUGGAUUACUGUACUUUCCAGCUGAUGGAUCCCGUCUGCGCCAGGAGGACUCCCCACCCCGGAUUGUGGAGCACCCUUCUGACCUGAUUGUAUCUAAAGGGGAGCCCGCCACUCUCAACUGUAAGGCAGAGGGGCGUCCCAUGCCAAUAGUGGAGUGGUACAAGGACGGAGAGCGGGUGGAAACGGACAAAGACGACCCACGUUCGCACCGCAUGCUGCUGCCGUCCGGCUCGCUUUUCUUCCUGCGCAUCGUACACGGACGACGGAGCAAACCGGACGAGGGAGCGUACGUCUGCGUGGCCAGGAACUACCUGGGAGAAGCCGUCAGCCGCAACGCGUCUCUGGAAGUUGCAUUGCUGCGAGAUGACUUCAGACAAAAUCCUACUGAUGCGGUGGUGGCAGCAGGAGAGCCAGCCAUACUUGAAUGUGUUCCUCCCAGAGGCCAUCCUGAGCCCACCAUCUACUGGAAGAAAGACAAAAUGCGAAUUAAUGACGAGGACGACAGGAUUACUAUUCGGGGAGGGAAGCUCAUGAUCUCAAACGCAAGAAAGAGCGACGCUGGCAUGUACGUGUGUGUCGGCACCAACAUGGUCGGAGAACGGGAAAGUGAGACUGCACAAGUAACAGUCUUUGAGCGACCAACCUUCCUUCGGAGGCCAAUUAACCAGGUGGUGCUAGAAGAGGAGAUGGUGGAGUUUCGGUGCCAGGUACAAGGAGACCCCCAACCAAAUGUUCGCUGGAAGAAAGAUGACAUUGAUGUUCCUCGUGGGAGGUACGACAUCAGGUACGACAAGGACGACUAUGUGCUGCGAGUGAAGAAAGCUUCCAUUAGUGACGAGGGCAUGUUCACCUGUGUGGCAGAAAACCGCGUGGGCAAGCUGGAGGCUUCAGCCACUCUCACAGUCAGAGCUCGCCCUGUUGCUCCACCCCAGUUUGUCAUCCGUCCGCGGGAUCAGAUCGUGUCACAAGGCCGCACCGCCACCUUCCCGUGCGAAGCCAAAGGAAAUCCCCAGCCGGCAGUUUUCUGGCAGAAAGAGGGGAGUCAGAUUCUGCUGUUUCCCAAUCAACCCCAGCAGCCCAACAGUCGCUUUUCAGUGUCGCCCAGCGGAGAGCUCACCAUCUCAUCUGUGCAGAGAGCAGAUGCCGGCUACUACAUUUGCCAGGCCCUGACCGUGGCAGGCAGCAUCCUCGCUAAGGCUCAACUGGAGGUCACAGAUGUCCUCACAGACAGACCCCCACCUAUUAUCCGCCAAGGCCCAUCCAAUCAGACCCUCGGGGUGGACAGUGUUGCGCUGCUGAAGUGCCAGGCAUCUGGAGACCCCAUCCCCUCCGUCAGCUGGCUGAAGGACGGGGUCAGUCUUCUGGGAAAGGACUCCCGCAUGUCGCUGCAGCAGCUGGGCAGCCUGCAGAUCAAAAACGUAAAGCUUUCAGACUCGGGGAUCUACACGUGUGUGGCGACCAGCUCAAGUGGUGAAACAUCAUGGAGUGCUUUCUUGGAAGUCAAAGAAUCAGCAGCAGUGAUAAUUACAAAGAACUACGAUGAGAACAAGCUUCCAGGUCCACCAUCUAAACCCCAGGUCACCGACGUUACCAAGAACAGCGUGUCCUUGUCUUGGCAGCCUGGGAUGACUGGAGCAUCUCCCGUCUCCUCCUUUGUCAUUGAAGCGUUCAGUCAAUCUGUGAGCAACAGUUGGCAAACCGUGGCGGACCACGUCAAGACCACCCAGUUUACCAUCAAGGGUCUUCGUCCCAACACCAUCUACCUGUUCAUGGUCCGAGCAGUCAACAGCCAGGGCUUGAGUGAUCCAAGCCCGAUGUCUGAUCCUGUUAGAACACAAGAUAUGAGCCCUCCAGCACAGGGAGUGGACCACAGGCAUGUGCAGAAGGAGCUCGGAGAGGUCAUAGUUCGGUUGCAUAACCCUGUUGUCCUGAGUCCAACCACCAUUCAAGUUACAUGGACAGUGGACCGUCAGUCCCAGUUCAUCCAGGGUUACAGAGUUCUGUACAGGCAGACAUCAGGGCUUCCUUCACCGGGACCAUGGCAGACCCAAGAUGUGAAGGUGCCCUCUGAGCGCAGCGUCGUCAUGUCGUCGCUCAAGAAGGGUAUUGUUUACGAGAUCAAGGUUCGGCCGUAUUUUAACGAGUUCCAAGGAAUGGACAGUGAAUCCAAGACGGCGCGGACGACUGAGGAGGCUCCCAGCGCUCCUCCUCAGCAGGUAACGGUUCUGACGGUGGGAAACCAGAACAGCACUUCCAUCAGCAUCUCCUGGGACCCCCCUCCGCCAGACCACCAGAAUGGCAUCAUCCAGGAGUACAAGAUAUGGUGUCUGGGGAACGAGACCCGUUUCCAUGUAAAUAAGACGGUGGACGCAGCCAUACGCUCCGUGGUGGUGGGCGGGCUGCAGGUGGGAGUGGUGUACCACGUGGAAGUCGCCGCCGGUACAAGCGCAGGAGUGGGAGUCAAGAGUGAACCUCAGCCUAUAAUCAUCGGAAAAGAGUUUCGGGACGUGAUCAUACACGGAAACCGGAACAACAGCAUCACAGAACAGAUAACGGAUGUAGUGAAGCAGCCUGCUUUCAUUGCCGGUAUCGGAGGUGCUUGCUGGGUCAUCCUAAUGGGCUUCAGCAUCUGGCUCUACUGGAGGAGAAAGAAGAGAAAGGGUCUCAGCAACUAUGCAGUUCAAUCCUUCACCUUCACCCCUGCAGUGACGUUCCAAAGAGUGGAUGGCGGUCUAAUGAGCAAUGGAAGCCGGCCAGGACUGCUGAAUGCCAGCGACCCGGGCUACCCCUGGUUGGCCGACUCUUGGCCGGCGACCAGCCUGCCUGUCAACAGUGGCUCCGGGGGACCAAACGACUUGACUAAUUUUGGUCGAGGAGAUCUUCCCACUGGACAAGGAGAUAAAACGGGCACAAUGCUCUCUGAUGGAGCCAUCUACAGCAGUAUAGACUUCACCACCAAGGCCAACUACAACAGUCCCGGUCAAACAUCCCAAGCCAAUCCUUAUGCAACCACUCAGAUCCUCCACUCCAGCAGCAUCCAUGAGCUGGCUGUGGACCUGCCUGAUGCCCAGUGGAAGACCACACUUCAGGCUAAGCAGGAAAUGGCAAACUUGGGCUACUCCCUGCCUGACAAGAACUCCUGCAACAACACCCUCCUUUUCAUUCCUGACUACCGAUUGGCCGAUGGAUUGUCUAAUAGAAUACCACACAACCAAUCACAAGAUUUCAGCACCACCAGCUCUCACAACAGCUCAGAGCGAAGCGGCAGCCUCUCAGGCGGAAAGGGAGGGAAGAAGAAGAAAACCAAGGCUGGCUCUAAACCUCCAAAAGCCAAUGGGUCAAAUUGGGUCAAUGUUCCCUUGCCCCCUCCCCCUAUUCACCCUCUACCUGGCACAGAGUUGGACCUAUAUCCUAAUGAGCACCAUGACGGAGGAGGGUAUGAGAGUGACAACUGGGGCUCAUCCAUGCCUGUACAGACAUACCUUCAUCAAGGCAUGGAAGAUGAGCUGGAAGAAGAGGAGGAAAGGGUUCCCACACCACCCAUCCGAGGAGUCGCCUCUUCGCCAGCUGCAGUCUCCUUUGGACAGCAGUCCACAGCUACCCUUACCCCCUCUCCUAGGGAUGAGAUGCAGCCCAUGCUCCAGGCCCAUUUGGAAGAGCUCACUAGAGCAUACCAACUGGACAUGGCUAAACAGACAUGGCACAUUCAAGGAGGCUCCCUUCCCCCCCAGGCUCCAGCUCCUCCAGUAGGCUAUGUGUCAAGCACAAUGGUUUCCGACCUGGAGACUGACCUGCAAGAUGAGGAGGAGGAAGAGGAGGAUGAGGACGAGGACGAGGGCUACGGAGCCAGGCAUCCCCAUGGUAUCGAGCACACACCAGGGUCUAGCAUGGACAACCUGGACAGCUCUUUAACAGGGUCCAUGGUGAAUGGGUGGGGCUCGGCCUCGGAGGAUGAACGUAUUUUUUCCAGUCAGAGAUCCAGUCUGGGCAGUUCUUCUGAUGGCUCCAUCUUUACCCACUGCAGCUUUGCCCAGGCCCUUGUGGCUGCUGCAGACAAGGCAGGCUACCGCCUUGAGGGAACUAGCCUCAGCAAGAGAGGUAAAGGCUUGUCUCACAGGCCCCGUCCCAGCAGUCCAUUCUCAACAGAUGGCAGCACAGUCGGCACACACAGCUUGGGCCACCAGAGGGCCACCAGGCCCACACGCAAACCACGAAGUCAAGGCACAACACCUCACCGGAGAGAUGCUGGUGCAGAUGACCUACCUCCUCCCCCUGAUCCUCCUCCCUGUCAGGGGCAGGGCCGCAUCCAAGGGGCUCGCAGUGUAAGCAGCAUGGCACCACCCACAGAUAGGAAAGCUUCUUCUCUGGAGCGCACGCCCAUGUCAGGACCCCUUUGUGGGCCAGAGGACGUGAAGAGCUCCAUUGAUAGACAGAUGCGAACCUCCCUGGAACAUCACCGGCAGGCUCAGGACAGGUUGGGCUCUAUGGACCGGGCAGAUGAUGCACGCUGGGGCCACAAAUCAGAGGAUGGAUGUCUGCCAUACAGCAAACCAUCAUUCCCCUCCCCUGGAGGCCACAGCUCCUCUGGUACAACCUCCUCCAAGGGCUCGACGGGGCCACGCAAGACUGACGGUCCGCGACAACCACAACAGUGGACUGCCACAGAGCAUGCAGAAUUUCUUGGGGCCAAUGGACAUGGAGAGUUAUAGUGAUCCACAUGGCUACAAACUGGAGCCUGCCCUCCUGUUUGGGCCAAUGAACUUUAUCCAUACCUGUGCGUUCUCAGAGGAAAGGCACGCAGCAGCAGAGAGAACCACAGCGACAAGCAGUUUCACAGAACUGUAUAUGUGAUGUAAAGACACAAACCUUCUGUACAUCUCACAAUAGUUUUGUCCUCAAGAAAAGAUUUUCCACCUCCUACCUUACUGUAAUUUUCUUUUUAUUAAAAAAGGCAAGUUAAGAGAAUUAAAACAUCUAUGUGGGGGAAAAAAACGUAGUUGUACCUACCCUUCAGGAAAAGGGAAUUUUGUUGCCUGUAAAUAUCUUCUUUGACUUGUUGUUGCAUUGCUAUGCAAACCUAUUAGAGUUCAAGUUUUUUUGUUUUUUUUUUCCAUAUACAAUAACAGUUGGGUUUUACCUGGUUAUUUGUACUAUAUGUGAAUUAAGUGGCUUUUUUUGCCAUGAGAUAAUUGUUUUUUUUUUUAUCCAUUGUUUGUCAAUAGCUACCAUUAAUUAUUAUGAUUAUCAUUAUUAAUAAUAUUAUUAAUUAUUGUUUUUUGCACUGCAAUUUUUGGUGAUAAGCACAAAACAUAGCUCCUGCUGACAUGAAGAACCGGAAGAAUAUGUGAAGAGGAGUUUCUGUACUGUAAAGUAAAGAGAAGAAAAUUAUAUUCUAGUGUACAGAGAGAUAUUAAAGAGUAAUGCUUUUCUCACAGACAGCACCCAUUUCUACUGUUGAGACAAACCGAGUGGCAGACACUAGUCCUGAAGGUGCAAAGCGGAGAUACAAGGCCUGAGAUCAGAUGAAAACGUCUGGGUAAUUAAUUGUUUUGGGUUAGGUACUAAUUUAUUUUUCUUUAAAAAUACUUUCUCCUUUUUAUAUUCAUGGUUUAGUGCCUAAAUCAUUUCACAAAAGUGAUUUCAUGCUCCUACACAAUAAAGCUACAAUUGUCUAAUAGAACAAGUGUUGUAAUAUGGCUGACAUCCAGUCAGAGCACUCAGAGGCAGAUUAGGGCCUUUUGUCAUAGACAGAGUUUUAUUUUUGUUAAUUACAAACCCAGUUAAACCUUUUUAAAUAUCAGCUGAGUUAGAUUGUUUAAGUUUUAUUUACGUUCAACAAAUUUUGUUUUUAUUUAUUAAAUUUAUUUGCUAUUUAAGUACUUAUUUCAGUUGUUUAAACUGUAAUGACCAAUAAUUUCAAUGACGACAACAACAUUUUGUUCUUCUGGGAACAGCCAAGGUAUUUAUGUGACCCAAUAAAACAGGUGUUAAAAUAAAAGUUGGUGCCUCAGAUAUGAAACAUAUGGUCAAUUUGCCCCUUCGUCAAUUCUUACCACAGUUUUGUGCCCAGGUGUUACCGUUUCAUUACCGACUAAGUCCCUAUUGCAUAUCAGUUUAUUCUGCCAUUAGUUAACAAUUCUGAGAAAUUACAGGUGCAAAUAAUCAUAAAAUCUCAUGUUUAAUUUAUUUGAACAUUAAACUAUUUUCUGAAGACUGAUUAGUCCAGUUAACUUUAGGCAUGGGGCUGUGUGAUUGAAUGAUUUUUUUGAUUCCCUUAAGUAAACAUAUCACAGUAUUAUGUUAACUUUAUAAAAGAGCUUCAAGACAUACAGUAGUUGAUUCUCAUAAAAAAUUAAAGCAAAUAAAUCAUCCAACUGCUGCUAAAAUAAUAUACCUUAAUUAUUGCAGCUUAACUUUAUCUAAAUGAUUAAUUAUUUAGCAUUUUUAAUGAUUCAGGGUUAUAAGGUAAUUGUUAUUAUUCUUUAAAAAUCCAUAAACCUUUGUCCUGCUCCAGAAAAUCAACAAGUUCAUACAAACUAUCAUGGGCAAUCUGUCUGGAUGCCGAGACAGAUUGCCAACUUUUUGUUUUUUUUUUAGGCAUGGGAAAAUGCUGCAUGUCUCUGUAAGCCAGCUGACAGGCAGUGUGCAACAUAAAAUGUAAAAUGUACGAGGGGAACCACUAUGGUGCUCUGUGUGCCAUACAGCUGGAGACAGCUCGGGUCUCUCCAGUGCAUUCUCUGUAAGCUCUUCAACAGUACUUUAAACUGUGGAAAUAUGAUUAGGCAACUAAUGAGGUUUUGAAACAGUAACUUUCUGAGACCUUGGUAGGCCGUGAUACUGGUAUUGGUCCAUGUCCCCAAGAAAGCUAUAACUUGUUUUUUGACCCAAAAAAGUUGGAAAUGGCAAAAGGGCAAAAUGACCAGUGUCCAAAGCAAGUACGAUCAGCACAGUCUUGUCAGAAACUUUGUUAAGAAUCGAUGGUGAUUUGGGUGAGAGAGCUAAUGUAUUAAAGGCCUUGUAUGUGAGUCAGUCGUUCCACUGCCUUCAUGUCUACAGCCACAGUGGGGAGCAAAAACACUUUCUUAUCCGCCUGACUGCCACCAAGACGCACUCUUACGAUACACCGCUUUUGACUUCACAAUAUCUGAUUUUCGAUGCAUUGUUUCCAACAACGCCCUUUUUGAAAGCUAACCUUGUUUCUUUCUAUGCCUUUUAUGGACUCCAAAACGCUGCUUACAACAAUGUUUUUCAAUUGUAAUGUUCAGGAUUUUUGUGGUUCAAUGACUGUUUGUUUUGUCUUUUUUUGUACUGCUAAUGUUGAUAAUAAAAGGGGGUGGGGGGGCUAAAGGCCAUCAAAUGAUGUUGUACUGUUGUCGUGACAUAUUGUCGUAUCUUAUUUUAUUUUUUAAAUGAUCCACCCAGUGGCCAGUGUUCUGGGAAUGAGGUGCAGAGAGUAUCUCAGGUUAUUUUACAUUCUGGUGGUGUUUAUGUAUGUGUAUAUAUAUAUAUGUAUAUAUUCAUACACAUCUCCACUUAGUUAUUCCAUCCCUUUUUCAUUGAGAAAUACUUCCCUCCCAUGUUGGAAUCUGUCCCCCUUUUAAUUUUUUUAUUCUUUUUUCUUUUUGUUUUGUUUUUUUUAGCUGUGGACUUUGAUCCUGAUGUGCUGGUUCAUCCACCUUAAGACAAGAUGUCAGUAAAAGAACAUACCAAAUUAAGAUUGAUAUUUCUCAUGUCUAAUGCGUUUUAGCGUCUUUAAUACUCUUUCUUUUAAAUCACAGUGUCGUUUUGUAUUUAUUAAAAUGAUAAUAAAGGUAUAUUGUGAAAUAUGCAUAAAGAGUUGUGAGAUAUAAAAUGUGUUUUUUUUAUUAUUAUUUGUACCUUGGAAAGUUUAGUUUCGGAGCUGAGCAGCGAGGCCAUUAAGAGAGGAUGCUGAUAUGGCGGGUCAGUCGUCGUCCAAGUCACUCUUCGUCUUGCAUGUUCACUGCACUGCCCUUCUCGAGCCAAAACCUCUCACCACGAGGAGUAAAAACAAAAUUUGCUUGUCAAAACAAAAGAGAAAAUGUCUUUUUUGAAGGAUGAAAGUGCUUUACCUCUUUCGUUGAUUUUCCUCAAUAUUGUUGGUUCUUUGUAGCCUAUCUGUGUCUUUCCUUUUUGCUAUAAAAGAGGAUUUAAAAUGACAAAAAGUAAAAGUUGUUGGGUGAAAUCUUUCCUGUACAGCAUGGGGUGAGGUAACGCUCCAAAUCCAAUGGCAUUUCUACAGUACGGUUCUCCUUUUCCCUUUAUUUUUUCCUCUCUGUACGCCACCUUCUGUAUUCACUUGCAUGUUCUUCGCCAAAAAGAGAGUGAAUCAAGAAAAUGAACUCCUACAGUUUCAUUAUCAUGACCUGUAAAAUAAAUCCAUGCUCUUUAAUUUCCUUGUACCUGGAUCAAUAUCAAAUAAAAUAUUUUUGAAAAAUGAA